AUGUUGUUCGUCGCCCUCACGCUCGCCUCCCUUGUCACCGCGGCCGUCCCUCCCGCUCGCCUCGCCUCCUGGCAUCUGGGCACCCGGAGCUAUGCCGCCCAGGACGGCCUCUGCCGUCCCGGCGACACACUUUGCGACCCCCCGAGCGCCACGGACAACGGCACGUGCGUCGACCUCAAAACGGACCCGAACAACUGCGGGGCGUGCGGCGCGCGGUGUUUCUUCGGCUUCGGCCGCUGCAUCAACGGCUACUGCCCACACAACGAUCCCAAUGCCUGCGAGCCCGGCUGGACAGGCUGCGAAGGUGGACCUACCUCCGCCUUCCCAUUCACGUGCACCAACCUGCAGAAUGACGUGACGAACUGCGGCACCUGCUUCGUCCGCUGCCGCGACGGUCAGACGUGCAAGGGCGGCGAGUGUGUCGACGACGCCAACGCACCUCCGAUUCCGCCCCUGGUGGACUAUACCUGCGAGAAUGAUUUCUCGUGGUGUGAUGGCAGCUGCCGUAAUGUCCAGAACGACAACAUGAACUGCGGCAGGUGCCGCAACUUGUGCGACGAGGGUCAGAACUGCGUCGAAGGCACGUGUACGCCGGCAACAACCUGCCCUCAGGACUACUGUGGCGGCGUGGGUUGCGUCAACAAGCAGAACGACAACCGCCAUUGCGGCAAGUGCUACAACCCGUGUGAGCCCGGUAAGAACUGCCGCGACGGCAAGUGCUCGUAA